UGUUGCGAAUAAACGGAGAGAGAGUGAAAAAGUGUGGUUAAGUUGAAGUUGUUGGGGAGCAACAAACGGAGAAAAUUACAUUUUAUAAUAACAAACAAAAUAAAUUAAAUUAAAAAACAAUACAACCGGACCUGCAUGAAGUGAUGAUCAAUAGCAAACAAAUAACAUAACACAGCCAAAAUACAAGUCGAUACAAACAAAACAAGUGCAAUCCCCCCGUCGUAGUCGUCAUCAUCGUCGCAUAUUCCUCCAUAUUGCCGAAAAAAUAAAAUCUUGUUAACAAAAAAAAAAAAAAAAACUGAAAAAAGAAUAGCCCCACAAAAAGAAAGAAAGAAUAAAACCCAAAAAUAUUUUGGCGACGAUUAAUGUAAAUUAAGUGCGUGUGUGAUUUGUGUAGUGGAAAGAAACAAAAAACCAAAAUAGUAAUACGGAAAAAGUGAAACACAAAACUGAAAUUGGGAAUAAUAAUCAAAAGACCUAAUUUUGAGAUUGAAUUAUCUGGUAAAAUUUAUAGUUGUUGGAUGCAGCCAGGCAACCUCUAUAAAAUGUCUCGUAACAAGGACAAGUAUGAAAGUGCAAAUCGUAGACAACAGAUCUUUAUGUCACCCGAAGAUGUGGCUGCUGGCAAAAAAUCUAAUUGGACAGGCAUUGAAAUAACUGGUUGCGUCCGUAACAUAAGUCCUUCUCUGUGGGAAUUUGAACAUUUAACCGCUCUAUAUUUAAAUGAUAAUCAUUUGCUGCGUUUACCGGCUGACAUUGGCCUAUUGGUGAAUCUACGCACAUUAGAUGUAUCCAGUAAUAAGUUGCGAAGUCUACCUGCCGAGUUGGGUGAAUUAAUACAAUUAAGAGAACUUUUACUAAACAAUAAUUUUCUCCGUGUAUUGCCAUAUGAAAUUGGCAAAUUAUUUCAUUUGCAUGUUUUGGGUUUAAUGGGCAAUCCAUUACAAAAAGAAUUUCUCUCAAUCUACAAUGAACCGAAUGGUACACAGAAACUAUUGACGUAUAUGUUGGAUAAUUUGUCAAUCUCUGUAACACCACCACCUCAAAGGCCAUGGAUUCCUUUGGCAAAACCCAACAAAAACAGACCAGCCUGCUUAUUCACUGUCAUGUGCUACAAUGUGCUGUGUGACAAAUAUGCCACAAGGCAAAUGUAUGGCUAUUGCCCUUCAUGGGCUCUCAGUUGGGAAUAUCGCAAAAAGGCCAUACUAGAUGAAAUUCGUCAUUAUUCGGCAGACAUUAUCAGCUUGCAGGAAAUUGAGACGGAACAAUUUUAUAAUUUCUUUUUGCCGGAACUAAAGAAUGAUGGCUAUGAGGGUAUAUUCUCACCCAAGUCCAGGGCCAAGACAAUGUCGGAAGUGGAACGCAAAUAUGUGGAUGGUUGCGCCAUAUUCUUUAGGACCUUGAAAUUCUCUCUUAUCAAAGAACAUUUGAUUGAAUUCAAUCAAUUGGCAAUGGCCAACGCUGAAGGCUCGGACAACAUGCUGAAUCGUGUAAUGCCCAAAGACAAUAUUGGCCUGGCCGCCUUACUCAAGGUCAAAGAGAAUGCCUGGGAUCCCGAAUUGGAUGUCUCGCAAUCCUCGCAAGCCCUGCUGGUCUGCACCGCCCACAUACAUUGGGAUCCGGAAUUUUGCGAUGUCAAACUCAUACAGACCAUGAUGCUAAGCAAUGAAUUGAAAUCGAUUAUUGACGAGGCCAGUCACAGUUUUCGACCUGGCCACAAGAAUGAUGUGAACAGUGUACAGCUGUUGUUGUGUGGCGAUUUCAAUUCAUUGCCCGACUCUGGUGUCAUCGAGUUCCUGAGCAAGGGACGCGUCAACAUGGAUCAUGGCGACUUCAAGGAUAUGGGCUAUAAAUCAUGCCUGCAACGUUUACUCUCGAAUGAUACCACAGAAUUUACGCAUUCCUUUAAGUUGGCCUCGGCCUACAGCGAGGACAUAAUGCCCCAUACAAAUUAUACAUUUGACUUUAAGGGAAUCAUUGACUAUAUAUUCUAUACGAAGACGGGCAUGGUGCCGUUGGGCCUGCUGGGGCCCAUAUCGAAUGAUUGGCUACGCGAAAAUAAAGUCGUAGGCUGUCCGCAUCCUCACAUACCCUCCGAUCAUUUUCCACUGUUGGUGGAAUUGGAACUGAUGCAUACGGCAAGUCAACAAUUGCCACCAAAUGGCUUGAUCAGUCGGCGGUAGCAAUAAAACGCCGAACAGCAAAGUCAUCAAUGCCGCCGUCGUCGUCGCAGCCGCUGCAGUAACAAGACAACGUUAACAGCCUUUUAUAACAGCAACAACAACAACAUAAAGAGCAACUAUAACAACAACAACAACACAUCAAACAUUAUCAAAAUUUUCAUCAUCACCAUCAUUAUCAACAAGCGCAAGAAAUUCUGCAUUGUUCUUAAGAAGCAGCACUUGUUCUGUCCCUGUAGCAGGUUUGUAAGCAGCAGCAGCAGCACCACCACCACCCAGCCGUUAGGAUUUUUUGAUUCUGGUAAUCAUAAUGCAAAAGCUGCCAACGUUGUCCAUCAACAACAAAAUUUGCAAAUAAAUCCUUCUCAUAUCGCCGUAGCCUUUUUAUUUGUCAUUGAUUUCUAUGUUAAAGUAGCUCGCUCCCAACUCCUUCUCACCCUCAUUGUCCUUUACAUCAUAAAAAAUUUAUACAAAAUCAUAAGAGAAAUUAUAAAAAAAUCUUCAACCACAACAAACACCACCACCACCUUCAACACAAGGACCACAAGAACAAUCUUUUUCAAACAACAGCAACUACAACCACUGAUGUCAUCAUGAUCAUAACGGAAAACCAAGCA